AUAUGCGCUCUCUUGCUACCAAGCAGUAUGGAAAGCCCGAUGGCUUUGAGAUCCUUGAUUUACCCCAGCCAGAGGUAAAAAAUCCGGAUGAUGUUUUGAUCAAGGUCAAAGCCGCUUCUAUCAAUCCAAUUGACCUCCAUGUCGCCAACGGGCUGGGCAAGGGUUACAUCCCUGGCAGUCUACCAUUCAAGAUCGGAUACGAUGUUUGUGGCACUGUAGUUGCCACCGGCUCCGAAGUGUCUUCAGAUGUCAAACAGGGAGACGAAGUAUGGGCCAGAGUUCCCGAACAGUACCGCGGCACAGCAUCGGAAUAUGUCAUCUCUCCAGCGGUCGCCACGGCGCAUACACCAAGCUCAUUGUCGCAUCUUGAAUCCGCGUCGAUGCCAUUGGUUUCUCUCACUGCCCUUCAGGUCCUCGACAAGGCCAAUGACAUCAUAGAGGGGGGCCUCGAGGGCAAAACUCUCUACAUCCCCGCAGGGCUAUCUGGAGUAGGGAGUGCCGCUCUGCAGCUCGCUAAGAGAAUAUUCAAGGCCGGCAAGGUCAUCACUACUCUCUCAACAGGCAAGAUAGCCAAGAUAGAUGGGCUUAUUGGCGAGGGAGUGGCCGACCAGAUUGUGGACUACACCAAAGAAGAUCCCGCCAAGGUCAUUCCGGCAGGCUCCGUUGAUUUCAUGUUCGAUAUUACCGGGCAAGCAAUGCCCAGCCUGCAUUUGAUGAAGAAGAACGGCUUGAUUCUGACGAUCAACGGAGUCCCUUUCGGGGAGAGCGUUAAACAGCGACUCCCUAACCUGCCUCUGAUCCCGCGACUGAUCUUGGGCACGUAUGGCACUGUUGUUCAGUUUAGGGCAUCAAGAUGGAGCGUGAAAUAUCUUCAUGUUUUUGUACAGCCGAGCGCGGAAGAUCUCACAAGGCUGCGUGGCUGGGUUGAGCAAGGCUUGAUCAAGCCAGUGGUAGGAAAGGUUGCCAAAUUUGAAGACAUCAAAGCCAUUCGUGAAGGGUGCCUGGAGAUUGCGAGUGGGAAGGGAGGGAUUGGGAAGUUUGUCAUUGAUUUGGAGGCA